AGGCAGAGGAUGCUGGGUACAGAGGACGAGGAGGCAAUGCACGCCCCGCCGCCGCCGCCGUCACCACCUCCACCACCACCACCACCACCUCCACCACCUCAACCACCACCACCACCACCACCUCCAGUCUCCAUAUUUCAUAAUAGUCGGUUGUGGGACCCCGAGAGGAGCUUAGCGGCCUUCUGGAGAGCCAGUGUGCGGGAGGGAGCGUCACCCUACCAGCGGCCCCCUCACCCCUCCUUCGCGGCCGCCAUGAACCACCACCUGCCGCCGGGCCAAGAAAGGUUGUUCGCCGCGCGCCACCACCAGGACCCCUUUGUCUGGAGCCACGCCCCCCGGCGACACACGGUCCUCAAAGGUGUUCAGAGGUGCUUUCCACGGCCCUUCAUGGACAAUCUUAGACCUCUGCAGUUCCGCGCACCGGAUGAGCCAAGCAGCCUGGUUGGUGGCUUAAGAAUCGGCCCUCGUGACGUAGCGCCGCCCUAUUGGCCACCGCUGCCUCUCGCUCCUCCCACCAUGCAUCCUCCACCAAUCGGCGCGCUGCCUACCGCAAUGGCUCACGACGAAGAAAGCGAUUGCUUCAUGCUAGGAGAAAAGCUGUCGAAGAAACCGAAACGGAUCAGAACAAGAGUAGACGCCGGAGAGCCAAGGAACUCUUACUCGGCCUUCAGUAGUCUGCCCAACCUGUGUGGUGUUAGUGUUAAUGCAGUCAGGCCGGGAAGUGCUCCCAACCUCUUCAGUGCAAGUCAGUCUUUUUGUGGACUACCGUUUGUGAACUAUUUCAAUCCCCCACCCACGGCGGGUUCUCGCGGUAUGCUAAGUGAGUUAUUCGGCGCCCACACCAAGCCUGUGGCGCCCUGCCCGCCCGAAGACACAGUGGCAACCAUGGGUGUGUUGGACAAAGUGACAAGCUCGAGCGUCCAUAGUGCUGAUGCUGUGAACUCAGUGAUUCGGGGACCAGAACCAGAUAACGUACUCUUACGAGAAAUACUUCAAGGGCGUAAAAGAGAAAUUCUUACUAUGGAGGAAAUAGAGGCCGCCCGUUCUUUACACAACAAUAAUAAUAGUUAUAAAGGUGCCGCGGAGCCAGUGGAGACCAGUAACGAGGACACGAACACUGCCAGGGAGGAGAGUGUGACGGCGGAAGACGCUCGCUGCGAGUCUGAGGUGGAGGAGACCAUGAGUCAGAACAGCCCGCGCACAGACUCCCCCGAGCCCAGGAAGCGACUGGAGAACAUCGUAAGUGUGAUCCGCUCCUCGCCCACCCCAAACACCACCGUCAACGGCUGCAAGAAGCGGAAGCUGUACUUGCCGCAGCAGCACGAGGCCAGGAACAGCUAUGACUCGCAGACGGAGGAGGGCGAGGCCGCGGCGGAGCCCGACAAUAAGACGAGGCGCCUGGAGGAGGACGAGCAGGGUGAGUCGCGGGCGCCAGAGUCAGGAGAGGAGGGGGGACUACAGAUUGACUUGAGUGUCAGGCGGCGCUCCCCCGAGAACCAGCGAGCCCCCUCCCCCAAACCCCCAACCUCCACCUCCUCUAGUGACUCGAACGACGCCUCCUCCUACCUCCUAGACUACGCCCAGCGUCUUCUUCGCACGCAGGAGGCGAGACAGAGAGAAAACGACUUGAAAAACUCCGACUUGACGGAAAAACUUCAGCUGCUAAGAAACCUGAACCUCAACUCCCAGGUAACAGACUUGGAGGGCCUCGCCGACGUGCUAAAAACGGAGAUCACCGCGUCCCUGGCCGUCAUCAUCGACACCAUCGUCAACAAGUACGUGCAGCAGAGGAAGUUGUUGACCAAGCAGGCGGAGGUGGCGGCCGAGCAGCUCAACCGAGACAUUGCCUCGCAGCUGAUGGAGCGCUCUCGCUCUCCUCGCUCUCACAAGAUGCUCGACCGAACGCCUCCCAGCAUGCCCAGGCUCAACGGCAUGCCCGCGCCCCACGGCCCCCUCAACCUGUCUCCGUACCCAGGGUCAGAGAACAGCCUCAACAACCUCAAUCUGCCUCACCUGCGGCCGCCCAUGUACAAGCCUCCCCACGGCUUCUUCCAGGGCAGCUUACCCCCCAUGGGCGCCAUGAUCCCCAGCGGGCAGACGUCCCCUUACAAUGGCAUGGAGCCCGAGCAGGACGAGGCCCUCCCGCUGGUCGUCACGCCCAAGAAGAAGCGCCAUAAGGUGACUGACUCCCGCCUGACGCCUCGCACCGUUGGCCGCCUGUUGGAAGACUUCCCCCGCUACGGUCCCCUGCCCGGCAUGGUGGGGCCCACGUCACCCCGCAGCUCGCCGCCCCCGCCACCCAUGAGCCACCACCACCCACACCACCGGCCGUCUUCCUUCCCCCAGCCCCCGCCCCUGCUGCCCGUCUCCCUGCCCACCUCGGUAGCCAUCCCCAACCCAUCGCUACACGAGUCCAACCUCCUCUACCCAGGCUACUACGGCGCCCACCGGCCGUCAUCCCCCCUCGAUGGGCGGCGGGAGGAGUCGCCGGCGGGGCCUCCACCUCCACACCACCAUCCUCUCCUCCAUCCAGCGCUGCUCGCGGCCUCCUCUCCCGACACCUUCUCUCGCUUCCUGCACGGCGCCGAUCCUGACCGGGCCUCCGACUGCUCUCCAGCAGACCCACACUACGACGGAGUCCAGCCUACUAUAUCCUUUUACUCACCACAACGUUGUCACUUGCUGCCCCUCCAUCACCACCAAGACUCAGGGAGAAGCCUUAACUUCCCUGGCCCUGACGAAAGUAUGUUAACACACUCCAGCACACUGACGCCGAUGCACCUGCGCAAGGCGAAGCUUAUGUUCUUCUUCGUUCGGUACCCUUCGUCGUCAGUGCUCAAGACCUACUUCCCAGAUAUCAAGUUUAACAAGAACAACACUGCCCAGCUCGUCAAGUGGUUCUCAAACUUCCGGGAGUUCUACUACAUCCAAAUGGAGAAGUACGCGAGGCAACACCUAAGUGAAGGUUUGAAGAACGCGGACGACAUCGUGGUCAACUUCGAGUCCGAGAUCAUCCGCGCCUUGAAUCUCCACUACAACCGCAACAACCACCUUGAGCAGAUCCCAGAGCACUUCAGGUACGUGGUCGAACAGACACUGCGGGAGUUCUUCAAGGCCAUCCAGGAGCAGAAGGACACGGAACAGUCGUGGAAGAAGGCGAUCUACAAGGUCAUCGCGCGUCUCGACGAGCAGGUGCCCGAGUACUUCAAGUCUCCGACGUUUCUGGAGCAGCUGGAGUAGCGGUGACGUCCCGCCCCGGCCGGGCGAAACCCGGCCCCGGCGGCCGCGCCCACCGCUCCCCCUCUCUCGGCUGCAGAUCUCCCUGCAGCAACCUCAACUGCGGCAACCUCUGCUAUCACCUCAGUCACAGCUUCUGUAGCUGCGACAACCUCAUCUGCAGUAACCUCAGUUGCAGCAACCUCAUCUGCAGCACCUUUAGCUGCAGUAACCUCAGCUGCAACACCAGCAACCUCAGCUGUCACCUCAGCUGCAACACCACCGGCUGCAGCAACCUCAGCUGCCACUUCGGCUGCAACACCUAGAAGAUAGAGAUUCUGUACAUACCAGUGAAUGAGCGGCCUAAGGCUGGACUAUCAGAGGAAGACAUGUUCAGAGAAGGCUAAGAUGGAGGACUGUUAUAUGGGCAUUCUUUUAUUAUUAUCAUGAUACAAAUAUUGAAGGUGCAUGUCUCAAAUUUUGUCCAAAUGUUGUAGCCUUGAUUUAUUGUGAAUAUCUAUGAGACAAAGCAUUUGUGCCUUUCCAUGCCUUCCAGUAACAAUGAUGAGAUCUUUCCGACAGCCCAAUGUACCCAAUUUGUAUAUAGUUUACUUCUGUUUCCCUUGUUUGUUUGGUUCCUCGAGCCAGAGGAUGUCUUGUGAAGGCGCGGCCCUGUGAGCCGCCCUGGCGUGCUAGCACGGCCCGACACCCUCCCCGGGCCUUGGGCCACCCAUGUUCCAGGCCUCUCCCUUGCUAGGGUUGGGGCCACCCAUUACCCUCGCCACUGGGGGCACCUCCCCCCUCCUAACUGCACCACACUUCUCAAGUCAUGCACAGUGUUGCAUGCAUGAGUCUCCUAGUCACAUGAUAGCUACCCAGGUCCUAGUUUAUUUGAUCUGAUUAUUUUGAUUUUUUGCACUGAUUCUCAAGUAAGGCUCCUAGUUUUAAGUCAUGCAUGUAGGAUAGUUGUUGAUGGUGGUUCCCAGUUACCAAGUUAUAAUAGCCAACCACACAGUCAAGCCCAUACACUCCAUAGUCUGGCCCCGGGGGCAUACACACUGGCCGGGGCCCACAGCUGGCUGCGGGUAGCGGAACCUGUUUGGAUGCUGCCAAUCCCACACCACAAGAGAACGUCAGCGUCCUCCUGCGCCCGCGCCGCCCCCCUCUCACCACAAGAAGGCAAUACCCCAAGUCACAGACACUUGCUCACAACCACCUGUGUUAGGCGAGUUACCUGCGAGCAUAAGACAAACCAAAGUGGCCUUGCUUUGUGGUGGUCGUAAACUAAGAUUGACUGCAAGAAGACAUCGUAUGUGAGAUCUAGUCACAUGAAUGAAUCUCUGGUCUGUUGUGAUGCAGACCAAAGCAUAAUCAGUUAACUAUGUUGAGAAACCUGACCCAAAGUAUGAAUAUCAAAGUGAUCUCGAGACUGCUCAGAUCUGACUAAUCUUUUCCUCUUCUGUAGUGCGUUCUGCUCGACUAACAAAUUUACUAACCAAUACGGUGUUGGGAUUUCUGUUCUUGAGGCUUUGUAGAUAGAAGCAACCUGUCUAUCUCAAAGCUUUCCACUAAUGCAAGUUGUUAAUAAUUACGAAACCAAAAGACACAUGAACAGUUACAAUGUCAAACAAAUGUAUUAGCAGAAGUCACAAGUGGAUUUUUGUUGGUGUAGUCGUGGUGGUGUAGCCCCGCUCCGUGGCGCAGCGCCGCAGCCCUGGCCCCAGUGUAGGGAAGGCUCUAUACCGCCCUCAGUACAGUUCAAUGUUCUUUGUCAGUACAGUUGUGUGAACAUGCAGAGCUAGUUGGCAGUGUAUUGUCUCUGGCAGUCUAUUAUGCUCAUGUAAUUUUUUUACUUUGUUUGUUUUUGGUAUUUGCUAUUGUAUGCUAUUCCAUACGCCAUAGACAUUACAUGAGACAUCAUGGUAAUAAUGCUUUUCAAACCAAAACUUUGGUGCUAAAUGUACAACCGUGUUAAUCGUCUGGUACUUCCAUUUAGGCGUUUUUAUUACAUUCCAUGACGUAGUUUGUGCGAGCCAGACGAGGCUGCAGCAGCCGGCGCCGCCCGCCGCCGCACCAGCGGUCACCGCUCCCACGGACCGUACCAGAAACAUCAAAUUAGGCACCUUAGAAAUGGGUAGUGAUGUGAUUGCUUUUGUAUAGGGAUUGUUUCUCUAUUGAUUGUGAACUUAAGUCUCUUAAUGCUAUAUUUUCUUAAAUCAAAUUUUCAAGUUUUUAAGGGAUUGUAAGCAUUUCAUAUUAUCUUCAUGAAAUCCAAAACAUUUUUUUUCUGGUAUUUCUGCUUCUUUCUUUAUUUUCCACUAACCCCAGCUGACCUUUUUACGGGUUAGCAGCAACCAAACCAAUGUUUUUUUUCCAGUCUAGUCCAUACCUUAGAAUGUAAAAGAACAGUUAAGUGUUUGCUUCCAGAAGCUAGUUUGUAAUGAGGUCCAUCUGACAGGGUCGGCAUCAACAGGUGUCGGCGAGUCACUGAGUCAGGGGACCGUGGUUAAAGUAUUCCAUAGUUAUGAAUCAGAGCUAUUCCAUGUUUGAUUUGGUGUUACAUGUUCUCUCCCAGUUCACUACAGGCUUGUUGUACCCGUUGAUGAUGCUAUUGAUGUCCAUUCUCUCGACGUCUCUGUCGAAGCAAUUGAACAAUUCAGCCCUGACCCCUGCCCAGACGGCACGCAGCGCCCCGCCGGGCUCAGGGCUGGAUGGAAUGAUAACUUUCUGGUGUUUUACGAAGCACUGGUUCUAUGGGGAUAUACUGCACCAGCAGGAACACAAGACCAAACCGAAGGCAAAAUUAUCUAGUAUAAAGUUUGUGGACCCCUAUGCCCCAUCACUUGGUGCUCUCCCUCCCGCUCCGCUUCCCGCCCCCGCUUGUCCCCUCUGUUCGGCGCGGGCCGGCGACACCCCCGCAGGGCCCGGCCCGCGCCACCACAUACCUCAGCCUGGUGCCAACAUUGGCGGCCACCACAGUUCACCACGGCUGGUACCACCUGGGCUGGGGGUGAGACACAAACUUUCCACACAAAAUUUAAAGCAGUUGUCAACAGCACUAACCGGAAGGGUCGCCUUGGUAAACGUCCAGUGUUUCAAGUGCCUUGGUCUUACAUUUCGAGAGAGGGCGGCCCUGUUUUUCACUAUAAUCUCCCCAUGGAACUUUCAGUGCUUUCAGCAUUCCAUGUGAAGUGUUGAUUUAUGCCAAUAGAAGCUUUUUCAGUUUCUGUUGGAUUUAUAGAAGACAAAAAUGGUUUAGUUUCUAAAGAUGAAAUGUUUAAAGUUUAAUUUAUUGAUUUAUUUAAAAUGUGCACCUAGCAUUAUGUGUUUUGCAUAUAUAACAUAUAUUCAAUUAUUAUAGAAUGUACUAGUUUGUAGACAUAAAUACGAUUCAAACCGAACUGCGGCGUUUCAUCCAAACCAAACACCACCACCACCACCACCACCAGCACAGCCCCGCCCGCCCCGCCGUGUGCUGCGCGCACCCGGGGCGGCGGCCAGCGCGACGCACUCGGCGGUGUGUCAAGGGACGGCCCUGGAGCCCCGACACCCGACAAUCAAGGAAGGUGAUCAGCAGCCAAUGUAAUCGAGUAUUCCAUAUUUGUAACUUUUUAUAUAGCGAUUCAAGUAUAUUUUCCUGACAUGG